ACUAACAAUUAAUCGACUCAGCAUGAAUUCAAAAAUCUUGUUUGCUUUUGUUUUAGCUGUUAACAUCUGUAUCAUCACUGCAACUGCUAAAGUGUACACCUAUGGAGUGAUUGUUAGAACGGCUAAUAAAGACUUCGAAAGUCAUGAAGGUAAACUCAAGCUGUCAGUUAUAAGUAACAACACCAACAAAAUUACACAAGAAGACUUUGAAUUGACUCCAAAUGAUGUUGAAAUCAUGCAAGCCAAUAAAUAUGCUACAACAAUUUCAUCGUUUGCGCCACCAGAUAAAAUUACAUCGGUCUACCUUCGAUGGACUCUGUCCCAACCAGACAAUCCAUACAAUGCCAUUGAAAAACCAACAGUCUAUUUCAAAUCAGUCAAUCUAAACUUUUUUGAAUUUAGACAAGAUCCACAGUGGUCUCCAUGUACAAGUUACAAGUUUUAUCCAGAAACUAUUCCAAUUGGAAUUAAACAUGCUGAUGGAGCUAUCUUCAACUAUUACGAUGAAGAAACGACAUUCAAGUUUUACAAACAAAACGUUUCUGUGUUGGAUGCGGAAUGCUAAGUGUCUUGCAUCUUAAAAUCAUCUUAGAGACACAGUAUCCAGCAUCUUUCCCAAUUGCAAUUGCAUACAGAUGGAGCUAAUUAAGAUUCUUGUAUUUGAAAAAAGAUACAUGCAUGAGGAUUUUAUAAACUGAAAUAUGUUCGCAAUACUUACAAU